AUGUACGGCUGCUACGAAUGUCAGGCCUGCGGGCGAGAGUUCAACACAGAAGGCGCCAUGGCACAGCACAUGGACGUCAAGGGCCACUGGCCGGCCGAGUGCGCCUGUUGCACCAACACGUAUGUUGAUGAGGAAAACUGCCGGGAGCACGAGUACAUAGACCAUAACUAUUGCUCCGAAUGCGACCGCGGUUUUAUAAACUACAACAACCUGCGCAUGCACCUCAACUCGAGCCGCCACAGAAGCGGCAGCAUGGCCUGCCCCUUUUGCAACACGAGCCUCACCACCGCGACUGGUCUCGCGCACCACCUCGAGUGCAACGCGUGCCCCAACGUUAGUACCGGCCGGGAGUCCCUCUACCACUAUGUGCGCUGCAAGGACCCCAACCGCCUCAUCGCCAAGCGGAUGAUCGGGUGGAACGGCGUGCGCACCGCGUACGAGGCCUCGAGUGCGACCUGGAACGGCGUCGGCUACGAGUGCUACCUCUGCCACCGGAAUUUCGGGAGCCUGCAGGGGCUCAGCCAGCAUUUGAAUUCUGCAACGCACCAGCAGUCGCUGUACCACUGCCCGAACCGGAACUGCCGCGACUUCAAGACUUUGGCAGGCAUCAUCAAUCAUCUUGAGAGCGAGACGUGUGGCAUUGCCAGGUUUGAGACGGUGCAGAAGGCGGUCAGUCAAACGAUUGGCAGCGGCCGCUUGUUGAGCUUCUGA